GUGUCUCUUUGUCCCGGCCUCUCACCGCAUAGUGUCAUGGCUGCCAAGGCUGAACGCACCUUCAUCGCCAUCAAACCUGACGGAGUUCAGCGAGGACUCAUUGGUGACAUCAUCAAACGCUUCGAGCAGAAAGGCUUCCGCCUCGUUGCUCUCAAGUUCCUUCAGGCGUCUGAGGAUCUGUUGAAGCAGCACUACAUUGACCUGAAGGACCGCCCCUUCUACCCUGGCCUCGUCAAGUACAUGAGCUCCGGACCUGUUGUUGCCAUGGUAUGGGAGGGUCUGAACGUGGUGAAGACGGGUCGUGUGAUGCUGGGAGAGACGAACCCGGCUGACUCCAAGCCCGGCACCAUCAGAGGAGACUUCUGUAUCGAAGUGGGCAGGAACAUCAUCCACGGUAGUGACUCUGUAGAAAGUGCCAAUAAAGAGAUCUCCCUGUGGUUUAAACCUGAGGAGCUGGUCUCCUUCAAGAGCUGCGCUUUCAACUGGAUCUACGAGUAAAGUGGACCAUACCAUCUCCCUCCAUCUCCAUUUGGUUCAGUCUGAACUCGCAUCUGUUCCCUUUCAACGCUGUACCUUUUGAGUUUAUAACUGGUGCAUUUAAUAAAGUCUUCAUGAAAGUGUUCU